AUGGAGAACAACCAUUCGGCCCCAGGUGCCAACCUUUCUGCGACAAGAUCCUCUCAUCGACAAGCUUCGGCUUCUGAAGAGUGUGGCUCCUCCGAGCCCUACUCACCAACGGGCCGGGAUGCAACGGUUCCACCUAUAAGUCCAUCAUCUAGAGCCGAGUCCAGGAAGGCCCCUUCAAAUGAGCGAGACAUCUUACCUUUCCUUCGGCCAAUUGGGUCUGGAUCUUCUUCACACCAUCCCGCAGUGCUCGACGUUGCUGCAACUCUCGGCGACACUUUCGAUCGUGUGCGAGACCAAAGGCUCAGACGUACCAUGGGUCACAACACCAUAGCGACCGAGGGUAUCGAUAUUUCUCUGGAUAAGGCACGGACCUGGAUUCACAAUUAUUUCACCUAUAGUCCCACGGAGACGUUCCUCAGUCUCGUGGACAGGAAGACAAUUGAAAUGAUACCAGACAUGCUCUUGAUGCGGCAUGUUACACUUGACCCCUGUAUUCUCAUCAUUUACUAUGUCAUUCUGUGGCGGGGAUGCUACAUUCUGAAUACAAGGUCUUUCCACAGCCCAGACGGCAGAUACGCCCGGAAGCUAUACCUGUGCUGUCUUAGAACUAUGCCAUGCUGGCAAAAGGAAGCCACUGGUUCUAUCACCGACUUUAUUGCUGCUAUGUUCAUGACCGGCAUCGCGACAGAGUCUUACGACUUCGAAAUGAGUCUUGAAAUGCACCAAUUAGCCUGCGAGUACGCCAAAGGCCUUCAGAUGCACAGUCUCGACAGCAAUGACUAUUUUGCAGCUACCGGGUGUCCCAGCACCGACGAGGACCGUAAGGGCAUGUGGGAGCUGAUCCAAACGGAUCUUUUCUACCACUUGAUCUACAACAAACCGGCGACCCUAUAUCCGAGUCUCGACAAGUGGCAAGUGAACUUGCCAUGGUUGUCGCUCGACUUGCCCCCGGAAAAGGGUGCUCAAGUGUCAACGAUAUCAUUCCUCUUCCGCAGCCGGCUUGCCUUUAUCUUAAUCCGCUUCUUCCAGACGCUUGAGAAGCUCAAGAAUGAGUCUGAAGCAGUCGAGGCUAUCGAGCCUCUGUGCCACGAAAUCGAAGUCUUGUUCGACGAAUGGGGAAUCGAAGAGUGGAUUGAACGCUCCGGCGAUGACCAUAUGGAUCUAUGGACAUUAUCCAGCCUGGUUCUGACUGGCUACACCUCCAUCAUCUUCAUGUUGAGAAAAGCCACCCUCCUGAAAUCCAACUCCCCUGUCCCGGUCUGCUCCGACAACAAUGUCCCCAGAACGGACUUCUCAACUCGGGCGUCGCGUCGCAUCCUCGACCUGACGUACAACAUGCUUCACGUCUGGAAGUUCCCGGCGGCAGAGACGAUUUCGUACAUACUCGGCGCCUACCGAGCGCACACCGCAUAUGCCCAUCUCGCCAGUAACGCCAUGAACUCCCCGACGCCCAGCGAUAUGAUUGAGGAUCUGAAACUGCUGGAUCGUGUCGCCCAAGGUAUCGAGACUGCGACACGGCAGGAAAGCGACUUUCUUCCCCUCGCUCGGGCGAUGAAGAGGAUUAAUGCUCAAGUUAAAGAAAAAAUCAAUGGCGGUGUGAACACAGGGAAUGCUUAG